AUGGCUCAUUCAAGAACUAACUCUCUCCUCAUCUUCUACCUCAGUUUCUUACUGCUCAUUCAUUUAAAAAAGUCACUUUGCCUAAAAGAUGGUCCUAGGUGCCUGCCAAACUCUUGCCAAAAGGACUCGGCAUGUGGUGGUGGUGCAGCUGGAAAGGGUGGUUGCAGCUGUCUGGACUCUUCAGGUGACACCUUGGCAGAAGACUGUGCGAAGAAAGUCUCUGAUCCUUGCUCCUCCAGCCCGUGUCUUCAUAACGCUACCUGUUCAAGUGCUGCAGGAAGCCUCAGCUUUACUUGUGACUGCCCCACAGGGUACACUGGAGCUACCUGUGAAACCGCCACCAGCAUGUGUGGCUUGCAUUCCUGCAGGCACGGAGGCACAUGCUGGGACCAGCCUGAUGGCCUCGCCUGCCUUUGUACUGAAGGGUACACAGGUAUGCACUGUGAAACUGACAUUGACGAAUGCCUUUCCAGCCCUUGCCUCAACGGAGCAGUGUGCAGAGACAAGAUCAGCGGGUACUCCUGCUACUGUGUCCCAGGCUACCAAGGAAAACACUGUGACCUAGAAGUGAAUGAAUGUGUUUCGGACCCUUGCCUGAAUGGUGCCACAUGCCUGAACCUAAUAGGGAAGUAUGAGUGCAUUUGUCCUCCUGAGUAUACAGGUAUCAAUUGUGAACUGGAAAUUGAUGAGUGUUUGUCACAGCCUUGCCUGAACAGUGGAACUUGUCAUGAUAGACUGGGUGGCUAUUACUGCUCCUGCCCACUUGGCUUCCUGGGGGAUCUCUGUGCCAUCAACAUUGAUGAGUGUGCAAGUCAACCAUGCCUCAAUGCCGGGCAGUGUAUAGAUAGUAUCAACGGGUAUAGCUGUAACUGUACAGGCAGUGGAUAUAUGGGUCAACACUGUGAAAUGUUAAUUCCUUUCUGCUGGUACCACCCAUGUCAUCAUAAUGCUACCUGCGAGGAUACAGUGGAGAGUUAUGUAUGCCACUGCUGGCCAGGCUAUACAGGGUUUCACUGUGAAAUCGACAUAAAUGAGUGUAGCAGUAAUCCAUGUCUCCAUAGGAGUGAGUGUGUGGAGUUAUCAUGGUCAAACUGGUAUGGAAGAAUUCCAGAGCUAUCCUCAGAGUUCAGCUACCAUAGAGCAUCAGGCUAUGUGUGCAACUGUCCUACCGGAUUCACAGGCAUUCACUGUGAAGAAGACAUCAAUGAAUGUCACAUGAACCCUUGCCAAAAUGGAGGGACCUGCGAGAAUUCUUUUGGAAAUUAUACAUGCCAUUGCCCAACUGGAGAGGAGGAUGGGGUAUUUUAUGGCGGCUGGAACUGUACAGAAAUCCUGCUUGGAUGUAUUCAACAUAAAUGCCAAAAUGGGGGAUUGUGUAUUCCUCACUUAAGAAACGGACAACACAAAUUUAGCUGCAUAUGUUCAAAUGGAUAUAUCGGAGUACACUGUGAAACAAUGACCACCUUGUCUUUUCAGGGAAAUGGGUUCCUUCAGGUUAACAGUGUCAUAAUCCCUUCCCAGGACAGUUUUUAUAACAUAAACCUUAGAUUUCUGACUAUUCAGCCAACAACUUUUAUAUUUUACCGAGGUGACAAAGACACAUUUGUGAAGUUGGAGUUACUGAAUGGCUACUUACACUUAUCCAUGCAAGUCAAUAACCAGUCAAAGGUUUUUUUGCAUAUAGCACAUAACGUCAGUGAUGGCGAAUGGCAUUCAGUGGAGGUAACCAUAGGAAGAGCAGUUACUCUUAAGUUACUUGACAGCUCUUGUAUAGAACCCUGUCUCAGUAAAACGACUCCCACAAUAGAUAGCAAUCAAGCAAUGUUUACUUUUCAGAGCACAUUUUUGGGUGGUUUGCCAGUGGGGAACAGGAGCGAUAACUCUGUGCUUAACAUCUAUAAUAUGCAUUCUGCACCUUCAUUUAUAGGCUGUCUUCAGGACAUUGAAAUAGAUUUGAACAUUAUUAUCCCAGAGAACAUGUCAUCUGAUUCAUCUUUAAAUGUCAAUGCAGGCUGCACUAAAAAGGAUUGGUGCGAACACCACCCUUGUCAAAAUAAGGGGCGCUGCAUCAACUUGUGGCUGAGCUAUCAGUGUGAUUGUUACAGGCCCUAUGCUGAGCCAAACUGUGCUACAGACUACAUUCCAGGACGAUUUGGACAUGAGGACUCCAAAGGGUAUGCUGCUUUUCCUGUAGAAGGUAGCAACUACGAAAGUGCAACCAUCUCAAUGUUUGUCCGAACACGCAAGCCUUCUGGCUUGUUACUUUCUUUGAAAAAAAGCACAUUCCUGUUUCUUAAGGUCUGGCUGGAAAGUGGGAAACUCAUUGUGUCUGGUCUAAGCUCUGACAAAGUCCUAGGAACACAGCCUGUAAAUGAUGGAAAUUUCUAUUUAAUAUCCAUAAAAAUUGAGCCAAAUAAGACGGAGCUAUUCCAGUCCUCACAAAACCUGGGCUAUAUUUCUACUCCCAUAAUAAAAAUCCAGAGCGGGGAUAUUAUCUACAUUGGAGGAUUACCCAGUGACCAAGAAACCCAUGUAAAUGGUGGGUAUUUUAAAGGCUGCAUCCAAGAUUUAAGACUGAACAACCAACCACUGGAAUUCUUCCCUGUCACAACUUCAUCAUAUUCUAUCAACAGCAAGAGCACGCUGAUCAACAUAGCCCCAGGCUGCAUUGGAGACAACUUCUGCAAGUCAAACCCCUGCCAAAACGGUGGUGUUUGCUAUGCUGUCUGGGAUGACUUCACUUGCACCUGUCCACCAAAUACAGCCGGGAAAGCUUGUGAGGAGGUGAAAUGGUGUGAACUCAGUCCGUGCCCCCAUGAAGCCCACUGCCAGCUGGUGCAUCAAGGAUUUGAAUGUAUCACCAAUGCAAUUUUUAGUGGCCAAAGCAGUGCAAUAUUUUAUAGAAGCAACGGGAAGAUCAGGAGGGACCUCAACAAUGUAGCCUUUGGCUUUCGCACUCAAGACUCAAAUGCAAUCCUGCUUUACGCUGAGAAGGAGCCAGAGUUUGUAACCAUCAGCAUCCAGGAUGCCAAAUUAGCAUUUCAACUGCAAAGCGGCAACAGCUUCUAUACACUGAGCCUGGCUAGCUCACAACCAGUGAAUGACGGGAAGUGGCACCAGGUGACCUUCUCAAUGAUGGAACCCUUAUCUCAGUCCUCGAGGUGGCACAUUGAUAUUGAUGAUGAGAAAGACAGUGCGACGAGUACGGUUGCCGCAGGAAACCUCAACUUUCUGAGAGAAGAGAUAGACAUCUAUCUGGCUGACAAAGCUUUCGACAACAUGGAUGGAUUCAGAGGGUGCAUGAGCACUGUGGAAAUCAAUGGCAUCCAUCUCUCCUACUUUGAAACUGCUGAUGGCUAUAUGAAAAAACCACAGGAAGAGCAGUUCCUCAAGAUAUCGGCCAAUCCCGUCGUCACUGGCUGUCUUCAAUCAGAUGCUUGCAACUCAAACCCUUGCAUGCACAAUGGGCUAUGCAAAGACUUCUACAGUUAUUAUCGCUGCUCAUGCGCCGAGGGAUGGACUGGAACUCACUGUGAAACCAACAUUGAUGAGUGCGCUUCAAAUCCUUGUGUGCAGGGAAACUGCAGUGACAGAGUGGCACUGUACAAGUGUAUAUGUGAUCUGGGGUACACAGGGGCAAGAUGUGAAGAAAACAUAGAUGACUGUCGUGGCCAUCUGUGUGCAAAUGGGGCCACAUGUGUAGAUGAGAUUAAUAGCUAUUCCUGCCUAUGUGCUGGGAAUUUCACUGGAAGGUUUUGCAGACGUAUAGGGCUACCAUCUACAGUGUGCGGGAAUGAGAGCAGAAAUCUUACCUGUUACAACUAUGGCAACUGUACUGAGCUCCAAGGACACUUAGAAUGCAUGUGUCUUUCAGGAUUUGCAGGACAGCGAUGUGAAGUGGAUAUCAAUGAAUGCAACUCUGAUCCGUGUCUCAAUGGAGGCCUUUGCCAGAACCAGCUCAACAAAUUCCAUUGCAUUUGUGACAUGAACUAUGCUGGCGAUCGCUGCGAGAUAGACUUGACAACUGACCUCGCCUCCAGUGUAUUCACUGCCAUUGGCUCAGUAACACUGGCUUUGUUACUGAUCUUCCUUCUGGCGGGCACAUUUUCUGUCAUAACUGCCAAUAAGCGGGCUACGCAAGGAACCUACAGCCCCAGCCGCCAGGAGAAACAGGGAUCCCGAGUCGAAAUGUGGAACAUGGUACAACCUCCCCCAAUGGAAAGGCUGAUCUAG